AUGGGUCGUCAGCCGAGACAACGACCUAUUUCAUGCACUCUCUGCAGAGUGCGCAAGCUCCGUUGCAGUCGUGUGUUCCCAUGCUCCAAUUGCACAUCCCGGGGCGUGGUCUGCCAGCACGAGGGCACACCUCAAGAUGCCACUGUUGCAGGUCAAUCCAAGAGUGAUAUGCUGCCAAAGGAUAUAUCAGCUUCUGAAUUGUUGUCGCGCCUCGAGAGGCUCGAAGCAUUGGUAGCCUCCCAGGCCAAGACCCAGGCCCAGACUCAGACCUGGCCGCCCGGGACAGGAAGUCCCAUAUCCGCGGACACAAGAAAGGCUGGUUACCCAGAGUCCGGACCCCCGACAAGCCUGGCUGCUGUUCCGUCACGGCUUCAAAGGCUGACUGCCGAUGCCCUCUGGUUGGAGAGGUCAUGUUCCGGCCAGAAGUUACUGGACUCCGUGGUUGCUGAUCCCAUAACCUUCCGUACAUGCCCCAUAAGACUCAUUACAAAGCCGUCUGGAUUCAUAUUUGAACCCGAGGCAGCUACUGGCGCAUUCGGAGUCACGCAAGCGAUACGAUGCAUCUGGCUGCCGCGUCGCGAGGAAGCACAUAUCCUGCUGCAAAAAUACCUCAGUGAUGUUAGCCAUUUUCAUCAUAUCAUCCAUGCUCCCUCCAUGGGGGGCUUAAUAGAUGCCACUUAUAACGGGCUGGAGCAAGGCGACAGGGUUGACAUAGGCGCCAUCUUGCUCCUGCUGAGCAUCUGUACCACCACAACAUAUGCUUGGACCACGUUUGAUGACUCAAGAUGCCUCUUUGCCAAUUAUGUCGAGGCAAACUCACAGGCCACUUCAUGGCUGAAGGCUUCUCUUGACGUUGCUGACCACGCACAUCGCACUGCCCACCUCUCUGUUGAGUGCGUCCAAGGCAUGAUCAUUAUGUUUUAUGUCCUGUGCAGCCUCGAAGGAGUCUCAUCACGAGCUCGAUCCCUGGUGGCGAAAUCCAUCGCCAUGGGCCGUGAGCUAGCCCUGCACCGCAUCGACUACUCCCCCAAUGGCUCCUCCGGCGAGGUUGCGGGAGCGGACGCGGUGAAGACCGAGAUUAGUCGUCGCGUCUGGUGGUACCUGACGGCAACAGAUUGGAUGCUUGCCCAGUUUUCUGUACCGCAGGAAGGAACGUAUACAAUACACCCAAAUCACAUGGCUGUUAGAAAGCCACGCAAUGUGGAUGACGAAGAGCUUAUUAGUGGUCGUGAGGUCCCUGAUCACGCGGCCGAGAAGCCAACUUGUGUCUCGUACUUCUUACAACGUAUACGGCUGGCUGAGGUUUGCCACGGCCUUCUCGACAGGUCACCGUUUAUUCUCCUCAGCCCAGAAACAUUGGACUAUCGGCAAGUAAUGGAGGUCGAUGCGAAGUUCAAACAAUUCAUAUCCGAAAUGCCGUCCUUCUUUUCGCUGGGCAACACAAGUCUAAAAGAUCUUCCACUUGAUGACCCGAGAUGCUCACCAAAUAUCACCGUGCAGCGCUACACGCUGAAUUUACUCCUACACCGGCAGCUCUGCAAGUUGCAUCUACCAUAUCUCGCUCGAGGAGCGGUGGAGACACCAUUUGCAUACUCACAGGAGAUGUGUAUGAAAUCGGCCAGGAUUAUCAUUCAGGUAGAACAUCAGCUGAGGAAGGAAAACCUGGUGUACGUGUCGUUCCGGCAGAGGAUGAAUAUGGUGCUUCGAAGCGUCUUCAUUGCCACGAUUGCCCUGGUCCUGAGUGCAUGUUUAGGAGGGGAUGGAGACAAUGGUACAGCCAGCGGAGAAGAAGUUGCGGAUGCCUGGAGGAUACUAGAGGAGGCAAGACACCAAUCCCCGGUUGCGUCGAAGCUUCUCGAGCUGUCGGUACAAGUGCUGAAGAAGCACCGAGGAAAUCACCCUGCACUAGAGGCAGUGAAUAAUCAUGCUGCCGGAAAAGGCCGGCCACCAGGCGGGUCUCCUCCAAUGACUCCUGAUUCGGGCCAUCGAGAUGAUGGGACGAAUGGCAUGUUACCACCACAGACGACCCCCGAAUCAGAAACCGCGUACCUUGAGCAGCAGUGGCAGGCUCUGCAAGGGAGAAUGGACCUGGACGCUAUUGACUGGGACAGGCUUUUCUGGGGCCUGGAUGCGCCUUUCAUAUAG